GUCCCGACUCCAACAUGGACCCCAACCGUUAUCUCCUGGUCGUUGGGAUCUGUAUGUGUCGGAGUGUGAUGGUGUCCGCUAACAUCGUUACUCCGAACAUGUUCAAAUACACGCCCACCAACCAAGCGAAUGCAGCACUGAUGGUCACGGGGGGCUCGGAAUUUGCGGGAUCUUCCACCGUCCUUCCUCAAAACACCGUCACCGGCCUUCCGCCAACCGCAGACUGGGGCCCUCAACAAAAUACAACUGCAGACGCUCUAUCAAACACAGCAUGGGACGCUCCACAAAACGCUAUUUCCGAUAACUCCAUAUCGAGUCAAGGUAGACUGGUGAUCGUGGAUACCAACAACACCACGCCUCAGGACAUUACAGCAGUAAACGCUGGGGGAGGGGAUGUAGUGCUCACCAUGGAAACCGUUCCUAACGCCACGCCCUCGCAUCCGGCACAGUCCAGAACAACCGACUGGAACUGGAUAGUCACGCAAGCCCCUAAAGCCACACCCUCGCCACCUACGCGGGGCAGAGCGACCGACUGGAACUGGAUAGUAACUUCGACCCCUAAAGCCACACCCUCUCCACCUACACGGGGCAGAGCGACCGACUGGAACUGGAUAGUUACUCCGACCCCUAGAGCCACGCCCUCGCCAUCGACCAGAAAGUCCAACUGGAACUGGAUAGUCACCCCUGCCCCCAACACCCCUGCCCCCAUCACUCCCGCCCCCUACACUCAGGUACCAAACUAUCGACGCGUGACAACAAUUGGUCCCACUCCCUUCUACUAUGGAAACACAAACACGAUGGGUUAUCUUGGAAUCGGGAACACCGCCGGUUACUUUGGAACACCCCCACAAUGGCAAACUGCCCAUCAACAACACCCACAGCAAACCACUCCGUUCCCAGGAAAUAAAUAUGGUGUAUGUCCUUUGCCGUCAGUGGUCGGCGCCAAGUGUGGCUACCGGUGUAAACGAGACAGCGAGUGUGGUGCUGACUGGAAAUGUUGUCACGACGGCUCGGGUCGGCCAGAUGGCUGCUGCCAUGCCCGUCAACAAACAGAGUUCGAAAGCUUCAUGAAUUCUAUGUGGGACAUGCCUCCAUCACAGGAAAUACAGAAUGAAAUGCCGUAAACAUCUGCUCUUGUGGUCCGUUUUUCCUACACUGUCUGUUAUAAACCGUGGUUGAUAUGUCCCAUCUAUCAUCGGAGUAUUGCGGCUGUGAAGAUAGAGGACUAAUACACUACCCAAUAGUUGUAUACAUUUACCAUCAGGGGGUUGAUAUGUCACAUGCAGACGAGGCUAGUACCUGUCAACAUACAGGGAACAUCACGUUGCACCUGACUCAUCAGGGGUAAUAGUUGAAAACAUGGACAUUUUCUGUGCCUCACCAAAAAUUUUAGUGAUGUUCUUAUAUUUGUUGUACGGUAUGGGUGAAUUAUUUAAAUUACAUAAUUUAGACAGUUGGAUAAUGUAAAUGAAGAAUCCCUCUUUUAAUUCAUUCAGUUCUUAACUAUAACAUCUGAUGAGAAAGAAGAGGAAGGGUGGUACAUUUACGGUACUAUAUUGACUUGACGGUGAACAGCACCUACACAAACUCGCCAUGACUUCACGUUCAACAGCACCUACACAAACUCGCCAUGACUUCACGGUGAACAGCACCUACACAAACUCGCCAUGACUUCACGAUGAACAGCACCUACACAAACUCGCCAUGACUUCACGGUGAGCAGCAUCUACACAAACUCGCCAUGACUUGACGGUGAACAGCACCUACACAAACUCACAAUGACUUCACGGUGAACAGCACCUUCACAAACUCACAAUGACUUUCCGGUAAGCAGCAUCUACACAAUCUCGCCAUGACUUCACGGUGAGCAGCCCCUACACAAACUCGCCAUGACUUCACUGUGAGCAGCACCUACACAAACUCGCCAUGACUUCACUGUGAGCAGCACCUACACAAACUCGCCAUGAAUUCACGGUGAGCAGCCCCUACACAAACUCGCCAUGAGUUCAGGGUGACCAGCACCUACACAAAAUCGCCAUGACUUCACAGUGAACAGCACCUACACAAACUCGCAAUGACUUCACGGUGAACAGCACCUACACAAACUCGCCAUGACUUCACGGUGAGCAGCACCUACACAAACUCGCCAUGACGUCACGGUGAGUAGCACCUACACAAACUCGCCACUCAAACUGUCGCCAUAAACCAAUCACAGCACAGCGGUUACACGUGAAUGUUCUCUAAAUUCUUCUGAUGUUUUCCGUCAUGUUGUAAAAGAAAUCAGAAAAGCAUCAUGCUGGGACGUUAAAUUGUGACAGAAUUUCCUUAAUGCCGUUUUUACUCGACGUUUGUCACGUGACGGAAGUGGUAGUUACAGAAAAUACGAACUCGCACAAAAACAUGUCUGUUCUACUUUUUUAUAACAAAUUUUUGUUAUUGAAAUGAAUUCAUCCACAGAUUUUAACUCAUAACAGAUCAUUCUUGUAAAAUGUUCUAACAAAAACCGUAUUUUGUGUAUUAUUGAUGGAAAUCGCGAAAAAAUGCACACAUUAUCACAAGUUUAAUAUCUAAAAAGAAAAUGAAGCAUGUUUUUAUUUUGGUCAUGUAAUAAUGUGAAAACUCACCCGAACACGUGUAGAUUGAAUGAAAGGCAAAGCCAUUUAGGAAAACCUUAUACCUGGAUCAGUGCGUCGGUCUCGUUGGGCACCUCCUGUAAUGCAGCUUCACACAGAAUGGCCGGAUGAAUAACAGAUUCUGUCUACUGACGUAUGGUGAAACAAAGGGUUAGUAACAGGUAUUUAACGCAUGUGAAGUACAUGUAUGACCAUCGGAUGUUUUUGUUUUGUAACAAAGACACAAACAAAUUAGUAUAAAGAUAUUCACACAUAUCAAAUCCAGUGGUGAUAUAACAUUUGUGUGGUUUUCGAGUGGUGUUUUCGGUAUAUAAAGGAGGAAGUGUUUAGAUGAACUGCUAGAUAUUAAACACUAACAGUUAACAUGUUUACCGUAGCCUAUGAUAUGGGAGAUACAGGAACAGUAAAUAGACAGUAAAACUAGCCGGUACAGUGAGAGAUACAGGAACAGUAAAUAGACAGUAAAACUAGCCGGUACAGUGAGAGACAAUCAAGGUGCUGUUCUGUACAUUUCUCCAGUGGGAGACCAAAAACAAACACUGUUAAUAUAUUGUAUAUACAUGGAUAUGGACAUGGAGGUUUUCCCUGUGUGUAUUUAAAUAUUUGUGUUCAAUAAAAUGUUUUCCA